UUUAAAUUAUUACAGCUUUAUAAGAAUGGAGCUCGAACCCCAAUUCAGUGGCAUGGAUGGUGCUUUUUCCAUGUUUGGAUCAAGACUCGGAGAAAAAUUGUAUGAGCCAGAUAGCGGACCUGUUGACCGAGGGUCAGAACGGCCGGAUGUAAACAGUGUUGUUGGACUGAGGCCGAACAAGAUGGACGGUGGACCUGGGUUGUCGGAGUUCGGAUUCGGCAACCUGAGUCGAUAUACAAUGGUGUCCACUCCUGGGUCUACUAGUAGUAGUGACGGUAGCAUAUCCUCCCAGGAGUCUUCGUCCACGGGAUCGACGAUCAAGCGGAAAGGUACGCCAUACAUCCCUAGCUAUAUGGACAUGACGAACGGCCCGGAACCGUGUGUGGUGUGCGGAGACGCGGCCACUGGUUAUCACUAUAGAUGUAUGACGUGUGAAGGAUGCAAGGGAUUCUUCAGAAGGACCAUACAAAAGAACUUACAAUACCAUUGUAAAUGGAACAGUAACUGUAUCAUAGACAAAACCACCAGGAACCAGUGCCAGGAAUGUCGCUACCGGAAGUGUGUUCAAGUUGGCAUGGCAACUGAUCUUGUCCUAAACGAAAAACAGAGAAAAGCGAAGCGGAAGUUAAUAGAAGAUAAUAGAGACAAACGAAAAACGGAGGCUCAAAAAACAAAAACGAAAUCUGACUUAUGUCCACAUGAUGUGCUCACAGAUGAUGAUAAGUUGUUGAUUGCUGAAGUAGUGAAUGCAUACGAAUGCUCGGCCACUAAGGUGCAGACCAAAGGUCCGGGGAUGAGCUGUACCGACACAAACGAUCCUGAGGCAUGGCAACAACUAGCAGAUGCGAUGACUCCUUCCAUUGUCAAAGUGGUCGAGUUUGCCAAGGGUGUCCCAGGCUUUAUCCAGCUAUUUGUAGAUGACCAAAUUUUACUUUUGAAAUCCUGCUGCAUGGAGAUAAUGUGUCUUCGAGCUGCUUGUAAGUAUGACCAAGAGCAAGAGACACUAACAAUGCACAAUGGUAUGACCUUGCAUAAGUCCCAGAUAAAAGCGGAAGGAUUGGGAAUUCUCGUGGAACCAAUAUUCGAGUUUGCUGUCGGCUUAGCGAAGUUGGACCUCGACAAGACAGAGUUAGCUCUAUUGGCAGCCGUUCUACUCAUGCAAUCAGAUCGUUCCGGUUUAAAAGAAGCAGAAGCAGUUGAAAAACUCCAAGAUGACGUUUUAGGUGCCUUCAAACGCUACGUGGCAGUGAAGCGUCCACAGCAACCUGUCCACUGGGCUAAGAUAUUAAUGAAGGUCACCGAUCUUCGGACAAUUAGUACAAGACAUGCUGAGAGGGUGUUGUGUAUACGUCUUGACCAUUCAAAUGAAAUACCUCCCCAUCUACUAGAUUUGUUCAAUGAAGGGGAACACUACUUAUGAGAGGAAGUUUUAAAAAGGUUUUCAAUUCUAAAUCUUUAAAAACUCUCAACUGAUUCUUUCAUCAGACCAAUACAAAAAAAAUCAACCUCGACUGGAGCAUUGAUAGUUCUGGGCGCUGUAGAAUGUAAAACAUACCGUGACUGGAAGCUGGACAACUGGAAGGAGAAUAGUUAUAUUCUGUGUCAUUCACCACGUACGUAAGAUCACGUGGUUCGGAUAUCUGCAGCAGAAUUGAUACAUUAUGUGAGGUCUGCAUAGACAUGUGGUUGAAUAACAUAUUUGUUGGACAAAAUGUUGUGAUUUCAGAGGUUUGUGAAUUUUAUUAAGCCAUUAUGAUAUUUUUGGACCAUUAUCGACGUAACAAUUUACAAAUGCAAAAUGUCCUUGGGUCAUAACAUAUCUGCCCCAGUGAAAUGCUGAAUACAUUUGGUAUCAGAAGUAUAGCAGUAAUUGUCUCCCAUUAUUACGGUGAACGUGAAAGUUAAGUCACAUACUUGCAUAUUUAUUCAUGACGUCACAAUUGACAAACUAUAGGCCUAUACAGAGUCAAAGUAACUUGAAAAAUUCAAACAGAAAAACAUAUGGUCUACAAUAUAUGGAACACGUUUUGAUCUUUUUUUCCGGCUCUUAAGAAGAAAUAAAUGAAAUUGUUAUCAAAUUUUUCAUUUUCGUUUCCAAAAGGCUUGCCAACGUAAAGCAACCUUUAAAUGUCUUUUUAUCAAUCGUAUAUGAAAUAGCAACAUAUUGAUGACCAUUUUAUUUAUGAAAAUGUAGGCUGAAUAGAAUACCAAUAGAGAUUCAGUCACAUUCUGUCACAAUGCUUUUCAUAGCAUGGUAGAUUCCUUUUUAUAACACCCUUAUUCCACGAAAAAAAAUAAAAUGAAUAAAAUCAGAACAAUUAAUGAAUAAACGUAACGGAUAAGUCCAACAUUAUAGCCAUGGUAACACAAUACAACUAGUAUGACUUUGAUGAUAAGUAUUAAAUCCCUGUUGGUUUUAUUACUUACUAACAACUUACACAAACCAAUUUAACGUUACAAGAGAUCUAUAAGUAGUUAAAUAGGUCUACAGACGUAUAGAACCAUAUCCAAAUUUGUCUAUCCUAUUUAGUGAUGGAUCAACUGACCCCAAAACUUUUACUCAAAACUUUGCUUCUAUUUAUCCACAUUGAAAGUCCCGUUACACAGUUCAUUUAAAAAUGAACCUUUCUUUGCAUCCAUUCUAUCGCUAUAUACAAAUGUAACAGAGAAUUGCUAGUUCAUUAUCUUUGUUCCAACGACUCCGCUAUGGAUCGUAAUUGAGACCCCUGACUUACUAUUGCUAAAUUUUCCCUAGCCGAGUCGGUAGGAAGCAGCUAUUGUUACAGGUUUACAUUGAAACAAUAAUAUUUAUCGAUCAGUGUACACGUUUAUUCUGGAAUAUUCAUUAUUUGGUAUAUGUAGUGGUUACAGUUAUUGUAGCGGAAUGCAACUCCAUUAAAGCACAUGUAUUGACUUUUGCUGGAAAACCGAGUAUAGUACUGGGUAUGCUUAGUACUAUGAGUACUUCUGAACUGGAAUUGUAAAAUAUACUAUCAGUGACCUGUAUAAUUUACAAGAUUAAUGACCAUCCUUACCUCAAACGAAGCCGUUUAAUAUCAAAUAAAUGUAGAACUGCCGAAUACAAUGCACGUUGACCCUGUGAAACUAAUUCAGACAAAUUACUUUUUUUCUCUUCUUUUUUUCUCCUCUAAAACACGGCGAUCUGUCCAGUAGAAUUAUGAACAACAGUGAAGUUCUGCGCUAAAUAUCAAAAGUAUUUGACUUAAAAUUCAUGACGCAGAUAAAAUUUACAAUAUAAUGUUCAAAACAUAAAAUUUGCGAUGCUGUUUUGUAACAUUGAGAAAAUCCCUCUGCAUCGUAUUGUAUUUAAAAGAUUAAUUGUAACCAGGUGAUCAGGUUUUAAAAGCAUACCGCUAAAUGUAUAGAUAAUUAUAUAAAGUAUUAAAUAAUAAUUAUAUAUACCUGUAACAGUAAUGAACUUGUCUGAUUGAGCUCAACAUAAGGAACAGUUUAUCAUUUUGGCAAUCUGCCAUUUUUCUAUUUUGCAAUAAUGACUUAAUUGUUAGCUGUGUUGGUAAAAUAAUACACUUUGAUGUGACGCUUUAAUCUAUGUAAAUGUGGACGACAAGCUUUAACGUAUCAGCAUCAGAACCACCAAUUGAGGCAUUGGAAUAUAUUCAGCACGGACUCACGCAUCAUAAAACUGGUACCGGUGAUGACCAUAUUUGGAAUAUACCGUAAUUAUCCGCAAAUGAGCCCCCCUCCACUUGUUUAAAAAGAUUGUUUAACAUUUUUGGAGAGCAUAUUUGUGAGCCUCUUUAAGCUUAUUUGUGUUUUUUUUUAUUUGAUGAUUCUCUAAAAUUGAAGAUUUUUUUUUAAAUUAAUUAUUCUGAAGAAAUGAAGAUGAGGGCUUCUUUGUGGGCAGGGACCUGUUUGUGGAUGAAUACGGUACGGAUAAGAUAUUUAUAUAUCUAAGAUAUUUAGAUUUGGUUUGCAAUCAAAAUUUGAUGUUGUAUUUCUACAUAUUGUAUUCUGUAUUCAGUAAAUGGAUGAAUACUGCAUUACCUUUGUAAAUUACCAGUUGUACAGGUGGAUAACUGUAAGAGAAUCUACAAAAUAUUACUUUAUAAGAAACUGGAGACCAUUUUUGUUGAUAUAUUCAGACAGAUCUAAGGUGUAUUUCAGUAUUUAUUUCAUUGUCAUAUUUACAAAGUGAGAAGUGAAGACACCAGGCUUUUUAAUUUUAUUCUUGAAUUCUUGUCAUUGUGUACUUUAAGUGAAAUUGUGUAUGAUAACAUUGUUGUAUAGAUCUUUAGAAACUUAACUAGUCCGGUUAUCUCCCUUUCUUCUUCAUCUAUCUUCUCUUCUCUGCAAUAUAGCAGAUAUAUUAAAGUAAAUUCAGUAUUUUUUUUAAUAAUUUUAAACUUUCAAGUGAGUUAAUGAUACGAAAAUGUCAAUAUGAUGAUACAUUCUAAUUAUUGUUCAUGCCUGCUACACCAACGUUUUUGUAAUAAAUAAAACCAUUAAUGUUUUUAAAGGGAGAUAACCAGACUAUCGUAGUAUUGUGAGGCGUGAUAAGUAAUAUAAUGAUUCUCUCUUUUACGAGAAACACUUACUGUACAGCCGACAUCUACCUCAGUCCCUGUAUACUGUACAGUUGUGUGAAUGUCAAGUGUGAAAAGGUUACUAAUUAUCUGUGUGUAAUUGGGUAUGUUUCUGAAAGUGAAAAUAACUUGGUUCUGUGCUAAUGUAUUGAACUGUCAGUGAUAUUUGAUAGAAUCUUGAUUGAUCAUCAAAAAAAAUGAAAAAAAUGUCAUGAAAAUACAACAGAAUCAAAACUGAAUGUGAACUUAAAUCAAAAACUAAAUUAUUUUUCCACAAAAACGUUUUAAUCAUAUCUGCAUAUAUUAUUUUCUCUAUGAUCUGUGUCGAUCUAGUAUUAUGGUUACCCUCGAAUCAAAAGGCAAAGUCUUCCAAAUCUACAUACAUCAAUUAGCCCAGCCCCAAAGGCAAAGUGUACUAGGCUCAACGUCCAUCGUCUUCUGCCAGGUGCCAACUUUUCUUUUAACAUACUACUACUCUAUAAUGGCCGAAUGGAUUUCAGCCACUCUGGAGCUUCUUGUGAUAAAUUCAACUUUUGUCAAUUGUUGUUUUGAGCCCAGAAAAGGAAACGUUGUAAGAUCUUCUUUCUUCAAGAGAAAUUCGACCUUAUUUGGCAUGGAGCAUCCAAGGGAGGGGAUUCAAUAUUUAAAAAUAGGCAUUUAUUAUAUACUGCUGAUAGAAGGAUGAAUGGAAUUGAUCCUCAAUUAAAGAAUGUAUUUAAAGCUGUGAUAUUCAGAGCAUGACUGGUUGGUAGCAAGAAAACGAACGAAAUGUUGCAAUAGAUUUUGACCUCUCAGGUCAAUGAAGAAUACCUUAACAAAAAAUCAUGCAAAUUAUCUUAGCAACUGUUUGAAGAGCGUCUUGACUCAUUCUGCUUUUUCGACCUCUUUCCACCGCGUCUCCAGAUAUUGUAUUGAUUGUACAUAUUUAAAGCGAAACAGUUACGGGUGUUGUUUUAUUUACCAUAUUGUUAUCACAAACGUUUAGUAGGUAUUUUGUUAUGCCAUUUAAAAUUCGUCGAGUCCAAUUUAAAUUAGAAACAUUCCCAUUUCGCCUAAAGCUUAAUCAUCAGGUGAGCAAUACAGGACCAAUGGGCCUAUUAUUUGAGAUGUUAACAAUGUAAUGCUUAGCAGAACGUAUGUGUACUAAGGUCGAGUGUUAAUUAUGGAAGCUAAUUAUUGAGUGCUAGACGGGAAUAUAGUUCUGUUGUACAAAGUAUUGAUAGCUCUCGGAAUAUUUGUCUGAAUGCCAGUGUUACUGUGUUUGAAUUUGUUAACUUAUGGGUGCACGUGCCGUGUAUAUGCUCUUCUAUUGUAUGAAACUAUGAACGUGAUAACAUUUAUAUAUGGAUGUGAGAUGCUUAAUAUGUAAAUUACUUUUAAAUGUAGCGAUUAUUGCACCAUGUUUACAUGUAUACGCCAUAUAUAUCAUGAAUUAUUUUAAAAACCGUUGUACAGAGUGUGUGUCUGCAAGUCGAUACACCGGAACCCGUUAAACCGGACUUAAAUACUCCGAUAAUCCGAACAUUUCCAAUGUUAUUCAAGCCUAAGACGAUACCAAACCUCGAUGUAGUAUGUCUAUAUAUAUUAAAGUCAAACCUCGUUAACUCGUACGCAGUGGGAGUCUUGAAAAAAAACGAGAUAUUCCUAUCAUUCGAGGCAACCUGGUAUACGGUAUUUUACAUAGAUUGUUUAGCGUCGGAAGUGAAUAUUUAUUUCAAGUUAAACAGUGUUUUUGAGUUAUCAGAGUUCGCGGUAAUGAGGGUUUACCUUAUUAAACAACAUAUUUACACACAUGUAAUAUUCAGUUAUUUUUUAAUGAAAAUUGUUAUCAAAGAAGAAGCCAUCUUAAGUUGUUGUUUUUUUCUCUUUUUUUUUCUUCUUAAGAUACGUCCGGUUUAACGAAGUUCUAUAGUAACUGAAUGAUUUAGAAAUAAUUUUCUGUACAGAUAAAAGUAACAUUUUAUCAACAAGUGUUCGGGCUAAAAACGGGUAAUGUAUUAAUAUGUAAAGUAAAGGAGCAAUUGGUACCUUUAUUUGUUAUGAUUGAUAGCAUUAAACACGGCGACUAUAGGCUGUGUCACGUGUGUGUAGGCUAAUGUUUGUGCUAAUGUCAACUGGAUUUAUUAUAACGAUUAAGUUAUAAAAAUGUGUGCUAUAUUUGCGAAGUAGUUUUUAAGAGAGUUGAUAAUUUUCUGUUGGGACAUGAAUGGCAUAGUACAUCUAAUGGACAACAUAUUUGUCAGUCAUGAGAGAUACUAGUUCAACCUUAUAUCAACUUCGAUGUAUUCGAGAAUAACUGAGGUAUAUCUAAGAUAUACAAAUGGCCAGCGAAGUAACAUAUUAUAUUAACGGAUUCAUCACCUGCCACGCCACCAUUGACUGAACCGACGACUCACGUCAAAAUAUCAAUCUAGCACUAACAAUUGUCCUUGCUCUCAAGUCCCAAAUAUUUGCAUCGGUUGUAAUAAACCGACGCAGGCAGCCAUUGAUGAACGGAAUGACGAGAUGUUGAGGUGAUGUGUAAAAUCAAACUUCCGGUCUUCCUUCUUACUAGCCUUAUAUGCAAUAUUUUGCACGGAUGAUUACUAACUAUGGGUUAACAUCAAACUAAACAUGUGUUUAGCAUUGCUCAAUAUAUCAAGCACAUCUUUAAGUAUUUGAAAUCUAUGUUGAUCACGUGAUUCCAAGUCUUUGUAAUGCUUGUGAGCAAGGACUCUUGAUUCAGUUUAUUUCCUGGUGGUAUUAUGUCAAUAUUUUCGAAAAUUUUCGGGUAUGUCACGAAGCAUUGUUUGAUGUCAUUGGCAUGUUACCUAUAGUGCGAUUUUUAUCGGAAAUGUGCUAGUUGUAAAUGUAUAUCGAAUUUCGAAUAUCUAUUCGAUGUGUUCAUAAUGUCAAAGAAAACAAAUCAUAUCUCCAAAUUAGAAUUGAAAACGUCCUCGAAUUCUUUUACACGUUUUGCUGCAAUUGUAUUAUGUACCAUCAUACAUGCGUUUGAAUGACCAGAAUCAGAUUUGUCACGAAUGGUGUAAGACGACUACAACUGAUUUUUAAAAAAAUAUUUAUAAUGUAAUAUUGGAUAUAUAAUAUAUGAUUGCGACGCAGAAGGGAAAUAACACAGUAUUCAACUGUAGGUGUAGUCGACUUGUUCCCGAGUACUAAAUGUUAGGCAUGAUAUGAACUAUGAAACCGGUGCUAAGUGGAUAGCGACACAGUUCUCCAUACUCCUGUUGCUGUAAUGUUUACUAAACCGGUAAGAUAAUAAAUGUGUAUGAACAAACAGAAAAAA